UCUCUGUAUAUUUAUUUCCAUAUUUUAUGUGCAGAUGGUGCAUGUAUGUAUUUAAGGUGUGUGAUCAAGGCAGCUCUACUGGCUUCGUUCUCACAUUUGGCUGUAAGCCUCGUCAUUGAUGACGUGUUUUUGGCCUUGUUCAGACUGGUAGCCAAAAUCUGAUUGAAGAUUGAAACUGGAUGGCUCUUUUCGAGGUAGUUUCAUAUCAGAUAUGGAUAAGAUACUUCUCAGUCCGAACAGCCCAGAUGGGGUUUGAAUGUCCAUGGCGCCUUUGUUUUCACAGUAACCUAUCAGGUGUGUGGCCCAGUCUGAACAGGCCACAUCUGAUUUAAACACUUGCUAAAAAUAAUGUGAACAGUCAGCCCUGAAAAUCAGAUUUGAGGAGAAACCAGAUUGGAGUCAGAUAUGCCUGCUGUCUGAACGCAACCUUUGUUUUACGCCAGAUGCCAGUAACAAGGCAGAAACUUACUGCACUUACUGUAGUGUAGAGAGUCUAUGCGAAGGUAAGAAUGUGAAAGGCGAAAUCCUGAGACGAAGCAAGAGGUUGAUGAUCAGGCAAAGCGCAGUUAUUAAAAAAGUGCAAGAAGGCAAUGAAGUGAGAGAGACGACCCAGUGACGUGGCGAAACUCCAACUAUCUUAAGUAGUUAGGUGAUGACAAUUGAAGACACCUGCCUUCGCUCCACCAGUCUGGUGUUCACCCUGUGAUAGGGUUAUACACACAAGCAUAUGCGCCCAGCCCGGGACCUGACAGUUAUGUAGUCACAUUUAUGAACUCCAGUUAAUAGGUGAGCAGCAGCAUUUUGGACCAGCAAGAGACGCGCAGGGGAGGAUUGGCUGACCCCCAAAAUAAAGUGACAGCAUCCAGGUGGCAAGUGGAGGCUCAGGGAUGUGAGCAGGUCAGUAAACAUGACCCUGCUGGCAGGUGAUGGCUCUGACUACGACUACAGUGCCCUGAGCUGCACCUCUGAUACCUCCUUCAACCACCCACUCCUUCAACCUCCACCCCUGCAGGAACGUGAAGCCCGCAAAGGAGCCUUCUACAAAAGGGCACAGCCGGCCCCUGAGCUUGCCUCCAGCCAAGACCCAGCAUUUCUGUCUAAUGCUCGCAAAUUCCAUGCCAUUAUUAAUGUUGGCGGCAUGCGCUACCAGCUGCCUUGGACCACUCUGGAGGACUUCCCAUUGUCCCGCCUGGGCCAGCUGCACCUGUGCAGCACCUUUGAUGAAAUCAUGGGCAUUUGCGAUGACUACGACGUCACGCACAAUGAGUUCUUUUUUGACCGCAACCCAUGCGCCUUCCGCACCAUCUUGACCUUCCUGCGGGCAGGCAAGCUGCGCUCCCUCAGGGAGAUGUGUGCCCUCUCAUUCAGGGAGGAGAUGCUUUACUGGGGUGUCCCAGAGGAAAGCCUGGAGUGGUGCUGCCGCCGGCGUCUGCUCCAACGUCUGGAGGAGUUUGAGGCCAUGGAACGUGCCGCCGAGGAGGAGGCUCUUCUGCAGGAUUUGUCUGAUUCGGACAGCGGGGGGCAUCCGGCAGAAUCCCACUUGAGUCGUUUCAUGACUAAGCUGAGGGAUAUGGUGGAAAGACCACAUUCUGGGCUCCCCGGAAAGAUCUUUGCUUGUCUUUCAGUGUUGUUUGUCACCAUCACAGCUGUCAACCUCUCCAUUAGCACCAUGCCUGCCUUGAGGCAGGAAGAGGAGGCGGGCACAUGUUCCCAGAUGUGCUAUAAUGUUUUCAUCGUGGAGACGGUGUGUGUGGCCUGGUUCUCCCUGGAGUUCUCCCUGCGUUUCAUCCAGGAUCGAUCCAAGCUGACUUUUCUGAGGCAACCCCUCAACCUUAUCGACGUGCUUGCCAUCCUGCCCUACUACAUCACGCUGUUGGUGGACACCACCUCCAAGGGCGAGAGGCGCCCGGGGUCGGGCGGUAGCUACCUGGACAAGGUGGGCUUGGUGCUGCGUGUGCUACGAGCUUUGCGAAUCUUAUAUGUAAUGCGGCUGGCUCGCCACUCACUGGGCCUGCAGACUCUGGGCUUGACUGCACGUCGUUGCACCCGUGAGUUUGGCCUGCUCUUGCUCUUUUUGUGCGUGGCCAUCGCUCUGUACUCUCCACUGCUCUAUCUGAUUGAGAACGAGAUGGCUACUACGCAGGAGUUCACCAGCAUCCCUGCCACCUAUUGGUGGGCGGUCAUCACCAUGACAACCGUGGGCUACGGUGACAUGGUGCCCCGUAGCAUCCCAGGUCAGGUGGUAGCCCUAAGCAGCAUCCUGAGCGGCAUCCUCCUCAUGGCUUUCCCUGUUACCUCCAUCUUCCACACCUUCUCUCGCUCCUACAUGGAACUCAAGCAGGAGCAGCAAAGGAUCUUGCAGAGGAGGACACACUUCAUGCUGAGGGGUCACAUGCCCGGCCUAGGGAGCAAUCUCUCCCUGGAAAGCGACAUGCUGUUCCCCAUUGGGCCGUCUGACAACCGUGACUUGGAUGACUAAAAUCGUUGCUUACAACACAUUGAAAAAUGGACAGGAGGUCUUCCCAGAGAUGUAGCCUAUCUAUGUAGCAUAGAACAUGAAGACAAAAAAAAAUAAGAAAUAUUCUAUGCCUGUAUGAAAUGUAAUUUAAUUAUCAAUGAAGGAACUCAUGAAUGAGGCCUGCCACCUAUAUGUGAUAACAUAAUGUAAUACUCAAAGGACACCAAUCUGAUGACACAUAUUAUAAAAUUCCCUUAAUUACUGUACACUGUAACAGCCCACCAAUAUGACACAAAAUAACUAUUGUGCCUCUAAUACCUGAGGAUUUGUAUGCAAUUUUUCACUACUUAUGGAUAUUUUGAAGAUUACCCUUAUCUUUAUUGCUGUCAUUGUUAUACAGUACAUCGCUUUUUGAGUCUGUGUGGUUAGAAUGGAUUUUGAACUUUUUCUGCAUCGUCCUUGUGCAACCAUUUAAGUUACAUUCAUGGGAACAUUGGUCAUUGAGAGGAAUGUUCUUGCCAAAGUGCUUUGGUACAGAUCUGGACAAAGAUGCAAAUUGUGUUUUGGGACAACUUUUCGCCUUUCCCCCAUAUUUUUAAUUUAGAAUUAUAUUGACAAUAUUCAGACACUGAAGACAGCGCAAGAUUUGUGUACUUUUGUAGAAGGUGCACAAUUAGAUCAGCAAUUGUCCAAUUAAAAGAAUAUAAUUAACAGGCUGGGCAUGUGAUUAGCACUUCUACCUUACUGCUAGACACCUUUCACCAUUUCUGGGCCUGUUUGUAUGCAAUUUUCAUGUUCUCCCAAUAUGUGUGUGAGUUUUCUGUGGGUACGCCACCGAAAAGUAACUGCAAAGGUUACCUUGCAUACAUCAAAAACAUGCAUGUUAAUCGAAGAUUGCCGGUAGAAUGUAAAUGUGACUGCUUGUCUGGUUUGUUUCCUUUUGAUUGUCUGGAAAGCAGUGGAGGAUGUACAGUACCUACCUUCUCACCCAGAUUCAGCUCACCUUUAAAAGCCAUACAGUAAAUUAAUUGUUUGAUAGUUGCAUUACAAGAUGAUGGUAACUGUUUAAUUGAGAUAUUUUUUGUAAAAUAAAAAUUAAAAAAAACAUUGCAAAAUAGCAUCUUUAUCAACAGGACUUCACUUUGUAGAUUGACUGGAAGAAAUAAGAACUAUGGUUUUAUUGCUAAAUACCGUACUGUCAUUUAUUCUAAGAAGAGAUAUGUUUAAAUUUUUAUAUUUUGUUGCUUCAGCUCCUGCAUGCACUUUACCUAAGUGAACGGAUAUAUUUAUUUUCUAUGCUGCUAACCCUCAUUAGGGUCAAAAUGGGAUACCUGAAAAACAACUUUAAGUUUUCAAAUAACAUAACAUGGAGGGGUUUGAAACGUAAGUACCUUCAGAAAACCCAUGCAAUCACAAGAGGUAUAUGUAAACAGCAGACAGGAAGGCCAGAUAUUCAGAGUUGUGUGUUGAAGUGUUCAGUUAAAUGAAGCACAAGUUGGCCUCCAUCCUAGGGCAUAGGUUUGGUCUCAACAUUGGUAGGGACGAUAUUACCGUAAUGCACAUAAUGUAAACAAUGAUUCCAAUAAGGGACGGCUAGCUUGACUU